AUGCAUUUCCAUCUCUCAUCACUAGUUAUUUUAAUUUUUAUUUUGAGCCUUGUUUCCUCGCACUCGUCUGAAUCUCACGAACACGAACACUACCAUCGUCAUGGACCCAGAUUCGGUUACCAACCGUCUCAUUUUCGUAACGGGUAUCAUGGAGGACAUGACGAAUAUCACGGAGAUCAUCACGGAUACAAUGGGCAAUAUCCAGGUGGAUAUCACGGAGGACAUGAUGUAAAUCCCGAAUACAAUAGACAUCAUUCAGGAUAUAGCGAGAACCCAUAUAACCCAAAUUAUCAACAGAAUCAGUGGGGAAAUCAUGGAGGAUGGAAUUGA